CGCUCGUAUUCGCUGUUGUGCACAACAUCCUGAAACAACCUUAAAGAUGGCGUUUUGGCUUCUCCUGCUGAUGCUGACAGCAUGUGCUGCAAUUCCUACCGAUCUUUCUGGUAAAAUGUUCAUCUUCCCAGAGGAAACCAACACAGCUAAUGUGAAACUGAUACCUGCGCUAUCACGUCUCACUGCUAUAACUGUCUGUCUCAGGUUCAAGACCGAUCUCCGCAGAGACCAUGUACUAUUCUCUCUGGCCACAGCCACGCAUAGCAAUGCCUUCCUGCUAUUCAAGGACAGUUCAGGUGAUGACAUUGACGUGUAUGUCGGGAAUGCAAAUAAAGAAUUUGAAGGUCAGGACUACAAAUUGAACACAUGGCACUCCAUUUGUACUGCAUGGGACGCUGCGUCUGGUCUGGUGCAGCUGUGGUUAGAUGGAAAGUCAACAAUUAAGAAAUACUUUGGUGGACCAGCAAUUGUAAAUCCCAUUAUCAUCCUCGGACAGGAACAGGAUUCCCAUGGCGGGCGGUUUGACAGGAGUCAGUCUUUCCUUGGUAUGAUAUGUGAUGUCCAUGUGUGGAACUACGUCCUUUCACCCUGUGAGAUCAUGCGCUUCAUGGAUGAUGAAAACUACACCCCAGGGAAUGUGGUCAACUGGAGUGCGCUGACUAGCAUUGCCACCGGAAGAGUGCUAACAGAAGAUAAACAAAAGGCCUGUGAAGAGCACAAGCAAUGCCCGCGUGUUCUCUAUUGAGUAUGAAAUGCAAACGUCCUGUAGACUUAAACAGUGGCUUUGAGAAGUUUGCAGCUUAGUCUUUGGGAAGUGUAGUGGCAUUAAUCAGCUUGAAUUAAAAAACUACCAUGUUUUACUAAUUACAAUCCUUUUUUCUGAUCAGCAUCUUCAAUGUAUUGUGUGUUAUUAACGGUGCAAUUGUUACACGUAAUUAUGUAACAUUAGUGAUAUAUCUUGGGGUCUGUCUUUUCUG